GUCCAUGGUUUGGCGUAGCUGAGUUGCGGUGCUGCUUGGGAAAACGCUCUUCCAAGUCCUGAAGUAGGACGUAGACACCUACAAGUUUGGGCAAGAGUUGAUAGCUGUUUGUUUGGUUGUUUUUGUCCUCCCUUUGUGUAAUAGUAUUGCUGUUUGCAGAGUGGGUUUUUUGGGGGGUCAAAAUAUCAUGGAACUGGAAACAUGUCUCUGAAUCUGAGUUGUAGGAGGUACAGCAGCAUUUCUUCUAACCCAAGUCUCAACUGUCCCUAACAGAAGCAAGGACUCCAGCCCAGCUCUGGGAUGGUGUUCCAGAGGAUUGUGUUUAAUGUGUGGAUGAGAAGAAGGCCACAGGGAGAAGAUGUGGCCAGAUGGGACCAUUUUCAGCUCUUCUAGACUAGACUUGUACUGUCUUCUGUGUGGGAAAACCCUUAAGCAAAACGUGAAGUGCUGCACAGAAAGGAAACCGAGUUGACAUUGACUUAAUGCUGCAGCCAGCAGUUGCAGCUGAACUUCACAUAAAGCCAAUGGAGCCACAAGGGAUUGUCAAAGCUUUUCCCAAAAGGAAGAAGGUGAGGGAUGACUCAGGGCGAAUCAUCCCUCCAAAGAUCCCAAAAGAGAGAGGAACAGAAGUACCUGAGGAGUGGCUGAAGCCAGUCACUGCCUAUGUGUUGCAAGCUGGCAUUGGCCAAGCCAGGGCCAAGAUCUUCCAUGAGCAGAUUCUCCAGAAUGGGGGUGCUGUACACAACCAGCUGUCCUCAGAGGUCACACACAUCAUUGUGGCUGAAGAUAUGGACUGUGAUCGGGCCUUUCGGCUCCUUAAAUUAACCAGGCUACCUUCGGGGUUGCAGCUAGUGAAGGCCUCGUGGCUGAGUGCUUGCAUCAGAGAUCAGAAGCUGCUGAGUACUGCUGGCUAUGGUGUCUUUAUCUCUCGCAGGUACCUGGAGGAGGGAGAACUACAGGAAGAGCAACAGCGGCAGGCCUUGGGCAGUGAAGAGAUCCAGUCCCCAGCAGAUGAGGGAGCAGCAAAACCAAAUACUGAAGCACAGGUUGAGGAUACCUUGCAGCAAGACCUGGGCACCCUUGGACAGCAGCAGCUGGCUGAGAAAGACUCUGAUGAUGAAGACAGUGAAGGAGAAGAUGCUAAUGUCACCCAGGGAGAUCUGGAAGCAUUGAUUUCUGGCCACUACCCUGUGAAAUCAUCAGAGGAGACCAGCGACAGCUCUGCCAUAGUGGCCCAGCCUGUCAGCAAGUGGGUUUGUGCCCAGUCCUCCAACAGCAAGAAGGUGAAUCACAACCAAUGCAUCACAGAGAAGCUGGAAGUGUUGGCAAAGGCCUACUCUGUCCAGGGGGACAAAUGGAGAGCUCUGGGUUACUCCAAAGCCAUCAAUGCCCUUAAGAGCUACCACAAACCAAUCACCUCCUACCAGGAAGCCUGUAAAAUCCCUGGGGUUGGGAAACGGAUGGCGGAGAAGAUCCUGGAGAUCUUGGAGAGCGGGCACCUGCGCAAGCUGGAUCACAUCAGUGAGAGUGUGCCUGUGCUGGAGCUCUUUUCCAACAUCUGGGGAGCAGGGGUCAAGACAGCUCAGAUGUGGUACCAGCAGGGUUUCCGGACGCUGGAUGAUAUCCGCAGCAAGGCGACGCUCAGCAGCCAGCAGGCGGUGGGGCUGAAACACUACACCGAUUUCCAGGAGCGCAUGCCUCGAGAGGAAGCUGCACAGAUAGAGCAGACCGUCAGACAAGCUGCCCUGGCCCUGAAGCCUGGACUCGUGUGUGUGGCAUGUGGGUCCUACCGUCGGGGGAAGCCCACCUGUGGAGAUGUGGAUGUGCUGGUCACUCACCCAGAUGGGCAGUCUCACCGUGGAGUGUUCAGCAAGCUGCUUGACAGCCUUCACAGAAGUGGCUUCCUUACGGAUGACCUGGUGAGUCAGGAGGACAAUGGUGAUCAGAAGAAGUACCUGGGGGUGUGCCGCCUCCCUGGGCCGGCCCAGCGUCACCGCCGGCUUGACAUCAUCGUGGUGCCUUACAGCGAGUUUGCCUGCGCUCUGCUCUACUUCACCGGCUCGGCUCACUUCAACCGCUCUAUGCGGGCCCUGGCCAAGACCAAAGGCAUGAGCCUCUCCGAGCAUGCCCUCAGCUCGGCCGUGGUGCGAGGCCCUGGAGGCACCAAGGUGGCAUCUGGCCACAUACUGCCCACUCCCACUGAGAGAGAUGUCUUCAUUCAGCUGGGGCUGCCCUACCGGGAGCCCUCAGAACGAGACUGGUGACACUCGGUUAUCACCCAGCGCCCUGGGCCUGCUAUCAUGCUGCUGAUUUGAAGGAUACUGAUUUCCCCAGUGCUGCUCUGUGGUUACUACAGACUAAGACAUACCACAGCAAACUGGGGCUUCUUGCAAGCACAAGGCCCUGCUGCUGGUAGAGCUGUUUGACUUCACCUGGCAGAGGCUGUGGGUUGAAACCACUAUGGAAGCGCUGCCACAGGUUGCCCUUCAGCUACCCUGGUCCUGCUGUCCUUUGGGAAACUUCAAAAGGCUGAUAUGCAGAGCCUUGUGAUUGAGCCUCUCCUAGUGCUUGGAAACAGAAGAAGUGGAGUGCUUCUUCUUCUGUAUCUGAGCACAGGCACCCCAAAAUCUGUCCUGAGCUACAUGUGAAGGUAGCAGGGGUCUGGCUUCACCCUGGAACAAUCUUUCCUGUUCUCACUAUUGCUGGCAGCACUACUACCAGAACUAUGAAGGGUCCCUGUGUGUUGCUGCUAUGUUCUUUCUUCAUCUGAUCUGACUUGUGUCCUCUGGUAGGUCUCACUGCACAGGGCUGGGCUGCUAUGACUGCCACCAGCCUCCCCCAGUGUCAGGUAAGCCCUGAAGGAGACCCAGGAACCCAAUGUGCUGGACCUGCUCACUCUCAGCUGGUCAUAUGCUGAGGAUCCUCCAGUGUGGAGCUGUGAACCCUCUGCUCUGGUCCCAAGGGCUCCCUUUCCUCUGUGCAGGAGAGGAGCAGACCUCAUGGCUCAGAGGAGGGCUUGAAUGUAAUGGAAGUGUAAUUCAGCAGGGCUGUGUUUGUGCACAGGGGGCCUGGAGAAGAGAAACACAAGAAGAUAGUUUUGCCUCACCUGGGUUAGAACUAAGCUUUUCCAUUUGGUAUGUGUGGAAGCCAUGGAGUCAUCAUAGAGUGUGUGUUUGAGUAUACUUGUGGCUGGCACAGUCAGUUCACAGGAGUGAAUUUUAUCUCUCAGGAAACUUCAGCUUUUUUUAAGUGCUGGAAAUGGAUUUCUCAGAGACUUGCAAUGCUCUGUCCCUGUUAUGGGUAUUGCAGUGGGUCCUUCUGGCAGAGGUGCUGCUCUGCAGCAUGGACUGCUGGGAGUGCCAUGGUGGGUAUUUCUGUGCCAGGACUCUGGGCCUCCUUUUUAGCCAUUUUCUGAGCCUGGCCUGGUCUGCUCCCUUGUCUUGUGGGGGAUGUCUCAUCACCCUGGCUCUGCACUCUGCUGCAGUGCCAACUGUGUCUGCUGGGCAGCAGUAGUGGGGCUGAGGCAUGUGCUGGGGAGACCUUCACCCCACUGGUAUCAUUUCUCAGCCCAGCCUUUCUGCUGAACACCUAAUGGAAAUGAAUGUCUUCUGUCAUGUCUUGCUGCUUUGAAACUUUGAAGUAUAAAAAAUCCUUUCUUUCGUGUCUCUCA